AUCCUGGCUGCGCUGGCGAUGCUUUGUCUCGCCGGCGCCACGCAAAGCGAAUCUCCCACGAACAUGACUCAGGUCAAAGAGAUUGUGGACCGCCUGCUGAAGGGCUACGAUGUCCGUCUCAGACCCGAUUUUGGAGGAGACCCUGUCACCGUUGGAAUGAGCAUCCACAUCUCCAGCAUUGACCAGAUUUCGGAAGUCAACAUGGACUAUACCAUCACCAUGUAUUUUCAGCAGAGCUGGAGGGACAAGCGCCUGGCAUACAGUGAUUUUGAUUUCAACCUGACUUUGGACAAUCGUGUGGCUGAUCAGCUGUGGCUCCCUGACACCUACUUUCUGAAUGACAAGAAAUCCUUCUUACAUGGAGUGACUGUAAAGAACCGCAUGAUCCGUCUCCAUCCCGAUGGAACGGUCCUGUAUGGCCUCAGAAUCACCACCACUGCCGCCUGCAUGAUGGAUCUGCGAAGAUACCCCCUGGACCAGCAGAAUUGCACUCUGGAAAUUGAAAGCUAUGGCUACACCGUUGAUGAUAUUGUGUUCUACUGGCAAGGGAAUGACUCGGCUGUGACUGGGAUGGACACACUGGAGCUGCCUCAGUUUACCAUCAUGGAACAAAGACUGGUUACCCGAGAAGUGGUGUUUACCACAGGUUCAUACCUGCGUUUGUCACUGAGUUUCCGGAUCAAGAGAAACAUCGGCUACUUCAUCCUACAGACUUAUAUGCCCUCUGUCCUCAUCACCAUCCUGUCCUGGGUCUCCUUCUGGAUCAAUUAUGAUGCUUCUGCUGCCAGGGUGGCACUAGGUGUAACCACAGUGCUCACCAUGACCACCAUCAACACUCACCUACGGGAGACCCUCCCCAAGAUCCCAUACGUCAAGGCAAUCGACAUCUAUCUCAUGGGAUGCUUUGUCUUUGUGUUCCUGGCUCUUCUGGAAUAUGCCUAUGUUAACUACAUCUUCUUCGGACGUGGUCCCAGUGAGCAGAGCAGGCAGGCCCAGACCGGCAAACGUUCUCAGUCCCAGGGAAAGCGAGGCAAAGGACGCAAAGGGCCCCAGGUGGAUGCCCAUGGCAACAUUGCCUUGAGUGUUCUGGAGAUAACCAAUGAAAUGGAGGAAUCUGAAGCUGGCAGUUCUGGAGCAUCCAUCGACACCUCUGGGCUCCAGCUGCGCAGGGGGGCAACUUCUCGGGCUACCUUUGGCCAGCCAAUGGAGCCAGCCAUCAGCCCUGUUGGGGGUCGCCGCCGCCAUCGCAGUUCAGGGUGCCGCCAUCGUGGUGGCCGUCUCCGCCGCCGAUCCCCCAAGAUGAAGCUCAGAAUGCCCACCCUGAAUGAUGUCAGCGUCAUUGAUAAGUGGUCCCGGCUUGUCUUUCCUGUCACCUUUGCCUUCUUCAACCUCUUUUACUGGUUGUACUAUGUCAAUUAA